AUGGACGAGGGCUCAGACAAGGCCCCGCGGCGCAAGAGGGUCUCGCGAGCCUGCGAUCGCUGUCGCAGCAAAAAAGACAAAUGUGACGGGAUUCGUCCUGCAUGUUCCGCCUGUCGAGCAUCCGGCCAAGCCUGCUCGUACGAUCCUCAUGCGAAGAAACGCGGAUUACCCGAGGGCUACGUCCGGGGUCUGGAGAAGCUGUGGGCACUGUCGAUCUGCAACAUUGACGGGUUCGAGGACACCAUGCUGGCCAUGUUGGGAACGGCCGAGUCGGCGGGCCACCGCGACAGACUGAUGUCGGUGUGGUCGGAUGACGGUUCGUCGGAAAGCUUACACGAAUCCUGGAAGACGAGCCGAUUAUAUGGGGCGCUGGAGAAGAUGCUCUCCAAUUCCGAUGCGCCACAAGGAGUGGUGACGGGGAAGAGGCUGCGAAACCUGCAAGACGAUGCGAACGGUCAGUGGCUUCGAGUCGCUCGCAGCUCAACACCUCUCGGUCCGGAUGCGCCGCGCGUGGUGGGGCCUUCUCCGUCGUCUCCGGGGGUCAAACGAGCACGAUUGUCGCAAAUCCCGGAGACUCGGGCGGAUGCGACGAGCCUCCACACGUUACAGCUGCCUCCGCACACCUCGCAGCUACUCGAUAUCUAUUUCGCCGUUACCCAUUCGUGGUUCCCUAUAAUCGCGAAACAUAACAUCCUGCGCGCUUCGUACCUCUAUGCCAACUCGCCUGUCUCGGUUACGACGACAUCUCCGGGAUCUGGAGAUCAUGCUGCGCUAUGGGCUAUCCUAAGUUAUACCAUCACUCAAUCUCGAACCAAUUCACGGGCCGGCCCCGCAGGAAAUGUGACUCUCGCGAAAGAAUACUAUGCGGUGUCACGAAGCCUCAUUCCUACGGAGAAAGACCGCUAUGAACUUAACCAUAUUCAGGCAUUGCUGCUCCUCUCCCUGGUCAAUAUGGGCCUGGAAGACUGGACGGCAGCUUGGCUGCUGAGCGGCCAAGCAGUGCGCAUGGCUCUUGCAAUGGGUCUGGGCACUUCCACCGACAGUCGGCGGUCUGAUGAACGCAGACAAGGCAAGGCAGUCUUUUUGGGAUGCUUUGUCAUUGAUUCAAUGCUCUCUUUCCGACUAUCGCGAUGUCCGGCCAUGCCUCCGGGCGACCUAUCCUCUGUUGGUCUCUUGGAGGAAGAUGGGCUGGAGGAAUGGAACUCCUGGGUUGAUGUUUUACCACCCACAGGUGCUUCAAAAACCAGCAAGCAUCCUCCGCGCCGAGGGCCACUGAUGGCUUUGAGUUGCUUCAAUCGCUUGGUCGAAUUGGCGACUGUUCUCAAUAACAUAUCCAGGAACAUGCACUCAGGCUUGAACAUGGCCCAUUUUGCCCAGCAACUAGUGAUGGAGCUAAAACGAUGGGAUGAUCUUCUACCACUCGGUUGUCGCCUGAUUGGGCCAGAAAGCAUCUAUCCAGAACGUCAUUCGGCUUUGCUUCCCCAUCAAAGCUACCUCGGGCUGACUUAUGUGGCCACGCUACUUUGGCUUUAUCUGCAGCUGAUUGCAGGAGAACAGGGUUUACACCGUUCUCAGCGCCCAGCCACGGAAGGAGCCAAGAAGCUUCUGUACCGAGGCUUGUCCAUGCUCACCCAACACCUCGAGAACUUCCCCGUUUGUGGACUCCCACCGUUGUUUGAAUUGAGUCUUCGCACAAUCACCGAGCAGGCAUUCGCGUUGCGGCAGACUACCGACUCAGCCGACACUUUCCCCUUCGCCAGAUGGGCAGAGGAGUUCAAGCUCAAAACAGCUGGAUUCAGCUCGACCUGGCCAGCCUACAGCUCUUUAGUCUCUGUCAUGGAAAGGUGGCAGCAGUCUAAAGACGCCACUGGCCAAUCUACUUUCUCAGAGCAAGCCGGUAAUGCACCAGUAUUCCCCUUCCAAGGAAGUUCAUCCGCUCCUGGCUCAAUGCAACCGCCAAAUGGAGUUCGUGGCUUAAUACCCAAUGGUGAAAGCGAUUACAGCUCAUCUAUUCUCGGUAUCAGCAUGCCAGUCGAUGCUCAGUCCAUAACACCCAAAGACUCAGUCAUGGAGAACGCAGAUAUGACCAUGAUGGACGUUCCCAUGCCUCGGCCGAUAGAAGCCCAACAAGUCAUACCUGACCCAUCAGUCCCGCGCAGUGACCCAGAAUCCAUGUAUAAUCCAAAUACCACACCAGGCAAACAAACACAACAGCCUCAAACGCCCGACUCAACAACCUCGAGCUUGAUGAUGCCCGGGAAUGCUGCAUCUAUGGGCGACAUCGAUGCCAUCUUCAAGGAUCUUGCAUACCUUGAUACCACGGAAUGGGCCACCAACCGCGAAGCUGGCUUGAAGGAUUUCGGCUUCUUGGAUGAUACCACCUUCCAAGCAUUCUGUCAUGACCCCGAUCGACUGGUUGGAUCACAACCUCUGGUCCAUCCACCUUCCAUUGCAGAUAUCUGGCCACCUCCAGGAUUCUUCCCAGAGACUUUCCAAGAAGUCCCCGAGGAAUCCAUGGCUGGCUGA